AUGACGCCCAGGUCCCCAGAUGAGGCUCUUCACUUCCGUGGCAAGACUUUGACUCCUGAGAGCCCUCGGCCGCUACACGUCGCGGAACCGGCCAACAUUCCGGUGUUGCAGAAUCAAAUGGACCCCAUUUUCAACGAUACGUCGACAUACGAGAAGACAGAGUUUGCGCUCGGAGGUGGUCAGCAUGUCCCCCACGCCGCUCCCAGGUCCCAACCGCAACAACAGCAAAAUGGCCAACUACCAUUAGAACAGCAUGUUGCUGCAGGGUCGCAGUCGGCUGGCGUGAGGGGCGGCGCAGGUCAGAUGCAGGAUUUGGGCCAGCAGCAGCAGCAACAACAACAAUAUCAACAUCCAGGUAGUUACCACACUGGUUCUCUUUCGGGGAAUGAAAUGAUGGGCAAGAAUGAAACGAGUUCCUCUGCUGCUGCAUUUCCUCCAAACCUAUCUGCACCUACUACCACCACCAACGCUACUACUGUUGAUACUGCCACUACAUCCGGGAUCCGGAAUGAGGCAGAAAGAAACGAUUCUCUAACAGCUCUUCCUCUUUCAGAUCCUUCUGUUAAUUCCCUGCCCCACCAAGCCUCCCUUAACCGCCCCCCUCCUCCCUCCUCGUCCCAUGCUCCUCAGGGUUUCCCCGCCGCGAACGAGGUAGACCACCCCAUGACGGACUGGGCUGCGCCCGCUGCGCCCGAGGCUCGCCUAGAUACCACCCGAGCCUCAUCUCAUGAUAAUGCACCUAGCUCUGGUGAGGGUGGUGUGGAUUUCCAAAACCUCCUUGAUAAUCUCCCCUCUUCCUCAGCCGUUCCAUCUGCCCUUUCGGUCUCGGAGACGGCUCCCUCAUCGAUGCAAAAUUAUGCCUCUGCUAUCCCUCAAGCAACAAAUAACGCAGAUGGCGCAUCCGAUGAAGCCCUCCAGAACCCCAUGGGUCUCCCCCCUCGUCCCCCAGCCCAGGAGGACCCUGCACAUCCAAACUACCACCCUAGCGAUGAUGUUAGUGCCUAUCAUCAGCUUCCUUCUCAAUCCUCCAUUCCUCCCACCUCUUAUCCUUCCCAGCCACAGAGUAAUAAUAAUCAUCAGUCAAAUCUCGGGGCUCCAGCACUAGCAGCUGCUGGUGCUCCCGGCACCUCUUCGGGCGCCAGCUCUUUGCCUCCUCCGCCAGGUCUCAGUCUUGAGAAGACGGAAUCUUCUAGUGCUGAAACCCAGGACUCGUCGUCUCCUCAUAAAAAUGGUCGCACAGAGAAAUCCAUUGCCCGCUCGUCCAAGAAUAAUGACGAGGAUGCACCCUGGGGCCCCGAGGUACAGCGGAAGUAUGACGACUUCUUGCAUAACGAAAGAAUCUAUGUAACAGAAGGUCUUUGGGAUCGUUUCCCUCCAGGGUCCAGAUUGUUUGUUGGAAACCUUCCCACCGAACGAGUUACGAAGCGUGAUCUAUUCCAUAUUUUCCACAAAUACGGCAAACUGGCGCAAGUGUCGAUCAAACAAGCGUAUGGUUUUAUCCAGUUCCUUGAAACUUCGUCCUGCAAGAAAGCCUUGGAUGCGGAACAAGGGGCAGUGGUGAGAGGGAGAAAGAUCCACCUCGAAAUCUCGAAACCACAAAGAAACACGAGACCCGGCCCGGCUCCCCCUGAACCGCAACGAGCUCCUGCUCCCAGACGCUCUAGGUCCCCUCCCGAGUUCAGAGGCGGCCCGUCGAACGGUCGCAGUUUGCGAGCACCCGGAGAUCGCUACGAUCGAAAUUACGAACCCGCUGGCCGCUUGCCAUUCAGUGAUUUCCGGGACGAGUUGACCCAUCGGAGACGAGACGAUUAUCGGCCACCGCCCCGAUCACCCUCCCCUCGUGGAUUCCGUGGAAGAGAUGGGUACCGAUCCCGGGACAGAACACCAGAGCGAUAUGAUCGACGUGAUCGUAGGCGUUCUCGGUCGCCACCAUAUGGCAGGGAUCGAAGAUAUCGGUCACCCAGCCCACGGGGUCGUUCAUACGAUAGUGACGUAGACUUACCCGUGCCCAGACGAGUGCCGAGGGACAUCCCGGAUGUACAAAUCUUGGUUCUCGAGGAGGUGGAUAGAAACUUCAUCUUCCAUGUCGAAAACUCCUUCCGCAAUCGUGGCCUGCGGGUUGAUGUCUUGGUCUUAGGCCCGCGGAUUCCUUUGAACGCUGCUGUUCAACGCCAAAUCGUUGAGGGUGUGCUUGCGGUUGUUCGACUUGCGCGGCCAAAUCAAUUCUCAAGGAAGAUUCCGUUACAAGUUUUCGACCGCAGCGGUGGACCAGACAAUCUCCGCUUCAAUGACUAUCCCGAAUUGGAACCCAAUAUGGCCGCUGAAAUCGUUUUCCAUGCGCAGCUCCAGCGCGGUGGUCCCCCGGUGCCUUUCACAUCGGCCACCCCAUUCGGGAUCCCGCCGCUCCCCCCCCCUGUUCAAAUCCCACAGCCACCGCUGCCACCGUUAUCGAAUCAAUCAAAUGUUGCCAACAUAAUGCCAUCCCUAGACGGCUCCGCGUUGCAAUCAAUUUUGUCUGCGCUUCAGCAGCGACCUGCCGUCCCAGCUGUACAGCCACCGGCGUUUCCACCGCCGAAUACUCCUCAAGCGCCUGCAGAUCUGGCCAGCAUUUUGAAUAAUGCGACUCGGCCACCUGUUACUGCUGCUCCGCCGCCACCUAUGCCUCCGCAGCCUUUCCCUGUCCAAGCUCCAACUCCCCAAAUGGUUCCGGAUCCGAACCUAUUGUCGCUAUUGAGCAAAGGCCUCGGGGGACAACAGCCCCAGACUCAUCAGGGUCCCAUGGGUCCUCAGGUCCAGAACAUCAUCAACCAACUGACAAAGUGGAAACAAUGA